GGUUUCUCUCUCUAGGGUCUGCCUUGGAGUUUGACUGUUUGAGUCGUCGUCCCACCAGCCUUUCCUUUGUUUCAUUCUCUCUCUCUUUCUCUAGCAUUUAAUUCAGUUAGAGAGGAAUAUAAAUUUUCCAUUUUUUCUUUUUGUUUUUGUGUUUCUUUCCGGUUUUUAUUAUCCCAACGUCUUUAGAGCGAGGAGGAGAUGCGUCGAAGACGAAGCUCGGGUCUCAGGUGGAGGAGUUGAAGCACAAACAUACAUUAUGAAGCGUUUCGGUUUAAGGCAAUGGACAGUGGUAUUUGCUCAUGGAAAUGAAGGAGAGGCAGCGUUGGAGACCUGAAGAGGAUGCAUUGUUGCGUGCAUAUGUGAAACAGUAUGGACCAAGGGAGUGGAACCUUGUAUCACAGCGCAUGAGCACACCCCUAAACAGGGAUGCCAAAUCUUGCUUAGAAAGGUGGAAGAAUUAUCUAAAACCGGGCAUCAAGAAAGGGUCUCUUACUGAAGAGGAACAGCGUCUGGUCAUUUGCCUUCAAGAGAAACACGGUAACAAGUGGAAGAAAAUCGCUGCUGAAGUCCCUGGUCGAACUGCUAAAAGAUUAGGCAAGUGGUGGGAAGUGUUCAAAGAGAAGCAGCAGAGAGAACAGAAGAACAACAAUACAGUUGUGCAGCCUAUUGAGGAGGGCAAGUACGAUCGGAUUCUUGAAACUUUCGCUGAGAAGCUAGUGACGGAGUGUCCAGCCCCAUAUCUCAUGGCCACUUCCAAUGGGGCCUUUCUUCACAACGAAGCGUCUCCAGCUCCAUCAAUGCUUCCUCCCUGGCUUUCAAAUUCAAAUGGCCCCUCACAUGCUAGAGCACCAUCUCCUUCUAUUACCUUGAGUCUGUCCCCUACAGUUGCACCCUCUCGAACCUCUCCUCCAAUCCCCUGGCUGCAGCCUGAUAGAGGACCCGAAAACAGUUUUGCAUUGAACAAUCUGCCUCCUCAUGUUUCAGUCCCUUGUGGAGAAAAUUAUGUGAUAUCUGAGUUGGUGGAGUGCUCAAGAGAGUUGGAGGAAGUGCACCGUGCUUGGGCAGCACAUAAAAAGGAAGCGUCUUGGAGGUUAAGAAGGGUAGAGUUGCAAUUGGAAUCAGAGAAGGCUUGUCGAAAGAGGGAGAAAAUGGACGAGAUUGAGGCGAAGGUGAAGGCUCUAAGGGAAGAGCAGAAGGCUGCUCUGGAUAGGAUCGAAGCAGAAUACAGGGAACAAAUAGCAGGACUAAGGAGAGAUGCCGAAAUAAAGGAGCAAAAGUUGGCUGAUCAAUGGUCUGCAAAGCAUAUGCGUCUCACUCAGUUUCUUGAGCAGAUGGGCGGCAGACCUAGGCUUGCUGAGCCUAAUGCCCGGUGA